CUGUCGCGCGCAGUGGUGGACAUAACUGUGAGUGGACGCUGCAACCUGCGAGGGAGUGAAUAGUUUGUUUCUUUUCUGCACUGUCAAUUAAAACGUUGACAUCGAACAGGAGUAUAACGAGGAACAAAACAGUCCCCAAGAAGUCAGGAGAAGGGAUGAAUUGCAUGCAAGAGACUCUACUCUGAGGUGUCUCGGGUGGUGUGGCUGCAAAAAAACAGUUUCCUCCAAAGUAAGACGGAAGUCGUUGUGGUCGCUGUCCACUUCGGCAACGUCAAAGAAGAAGAAAAAAGAAAAGAGGACAGCGUUAGUAUUGACGGUCAGCGCGAGGUGACGCCACAGGUGUCCAGUGUCUCCGAGCGACCCGAAACUCGUAACAUCUGGCAAUAGUUGACCCACGUGACCGCUGUUUGACUGACAAGUGUUGCGGACCGGAGCAAUGGAGCAGCGUCCGGGCAAGCUCUGCUGAACAACUGCUCUCCGUACCGGCCACUCAAACACUGCUCGUCGCGGACAUGUCAAGAAGGAAACAAGCUAAACCCAGAGCACUGAAACCCGACGAGGACCCAGGCGAAUCGGAAGCCACCGAGGAGCACCGUUGCCAAGCGAUGCAGGUGGACAGCAGAUCGGAGGAAGCCGACCACUCCCCGGGGGAGAACUCGUCCUACGCGCCCGGAGACAGCCCGCUGGACGGCUCGGACCAGGGACCGGAACCUCCUAGCGACGCGAGCCGAGCAGCCGGGGAGGACGAGGACAAGCCACCGUUCCGCUGUGACGGCUGCGGCCUGGCUCUCGACAGCGUGCACAGCCUGCUGCUCCACAGGAACGUCGACUGCAGCCGCGGGGCAGCCCCGGGCGGCGGCGCAGGCACGCCCUCGUCGUGGCGCUCUUCGUCCGGCAGCCCCGAGGACGAGCUGACGUCGGCGUCACUGUCGCCCCCGCCCUCGCUGCUGGCCGGAGGCCCGGCGUCGGCCUCCUGCUCCGACUCCGAGCUGUCCUUCACCAUCGGUGUCACUGAGGCGACGCCCUACGCCUGCCACUUCUGCGACAAGGCUUUUCCCAGGCUCAGCUACCUCAAGCGACACGAACAGGUGCACAGCGACCGGAUGCCAUUUCGGUGCGACUUCUGUCAGCGGCUGUUCAAGCACAAACGCAGUCGCGACCGACACGUGAAGCUGCACACGGGCGACCGCAAGUACCGGUGUUCGCAGUGCGAGGCGGCAUUCUCGCGCUCCGACCACCUCAAGAUCCACAUGAAGACCCACGACCACGCAAAGCCGUUCCAGUGUGCCAUGUGCAACCGCGGCUACAACACGGCCGCGGCCCUCACCUCGCACAUGCAGAACCACCGCAAGAGCGCCGCUGCAGCGGCCGCCACCAAUGGCCUCGAGCCGUCGGCCGCGCUCUCCCGGCCCGGCUCCAGUCUGGCAUCGGCUAAUGGAACGAACACGCUCACUGCAAUGGGAAAUCCAGCUGACGGUGGUUCGACGUCCAUGUCCCGGGACGACAGUUCCUCGUGCUCGACUGACAAACUGAGCCUAACAGGUGGCAGCCCUGGUCCGGGCAGCGUUGAAGUCCAAACAAACGGGUGCAAAUCGAUAUCCGAGCGGGCUGGCAGCACGAGUCCCCGCGACGGCGGCGAGCCGUUGGCGUGCGGCUUCUGCAGCCGGCGCGACUUCAGCAACCUAGAAUCUCUGCAGGCGCACGUGCGCGCCUCCCAUGUUCCCUUCUCGGCGGCUUCACUGGUGGGGCCGUCACACGGGGGCCAACUGCGGCCGGAGCCUCGCUCGGCGUCCCGCCAGUCACCGCCGGCCGCUACCACGGCUUCGUCGUUGGUGGACGCAUCGUACGAGUGCGAGUACUGCGGUAUGAAGCUGCCCAGCGUUCACGCCCUGCAGACUCAUACGCUAGCCGCGCACAGCUUCAGCGAGGUGCUGAGCAAGCGUAUGUCGGCCAUGAUGGGGGCCGACUCGGGCGGUGGGCCUCUGCUCUGCAGCCAGUGCGGCGCCGCGUCGCCGGACUUCGAGUCGUUCCGGGCGCACUUGGCGUCUCACCUGGAAGGACGCAUGUCGCGUUGCUGCCCCGAGUGCCGCGCCGAAUUCCCAUCCUCGCAGCAGCUCGAAGCGCACGUCGCCGCGCACUUCCUGGCCACGUCGGUGGAGUACGGCUGUCAGGCUUGCCUAAAGCUCUUCCCGCGGCCUGACGAGCUUCAGAAGCACCUGCUGGACGUGCACGCCCACCACCUCUACCGCUGUGCGCUCUGCCGGGACGUCUUCGACUCCAAAGUUGGAGUUCAGGUUCACUUCGCCGUCAAACAUAGCAACGAGUGCCAAGUAUUCAAGUGUAGCGCUUGCAACGCCGCCUACCGGUCUGAGCCAGAGUUCGCGCUUCAUGUUCAAGUCACGCACUUGGCUAAGGCUGCUCCCUACCGGUGCCUGCUGUGCGACCAGACAUUUGCUAGCGAGCCCCUGCUGCAAAGCCACCUGGAUACGCACGGCAAACAAUUCGCGUGUGCCCUGUGCAGCCAAGCCUUUCACGUAGAGUUUUUGCUCGAGAAGCACAUGCAGGCUUGUCACGCGGCCGACCUAACCUUGCAUCCAGAUGGUGUGCAGAACCUGAGCGUCAAGUCGAGGAUCAAGGACAACAGGUGCGACAUCUGUGACCAGGCGUUUGGAACGGACUCCCUGCUCGCGGCGCACCGCAAGCAAGUGCACAACGUGCGCUCUUCGUCGCAGAAGUCGGUGAGCCUGCUGUGCGCGUACUGCAACGAACCGUGCAAGUCGCGCUCGGACCUGGAGAACCACAUGAAGAGCCACACGGCAAGUCCCAGUAAGCACAAGUGCAACAUCUGCGACGAGAUGUGCCCCUCGGCGACCACGCUGGCCGAGCACAAGUUGACACACUGCAAGGUCGUCAAGGGUUCCACGUGUGCCGGUUGCCGCGAGGUGCUCCGCUCCGAGGAGCAGUUCUUGACGCACGUCAACUCUCACGGUGGAGGCCCCGCGUUGCCGCUGCCCUGCGUGGUGUGCCGCCAAACGCUAAUGUCUCAGGUGGAACUGCGCAUGCACGCUCGCUUCCACGUGGCCCACUGCGACAAAGGCUCGCUCUGCUGCGUCUGCGAGCGGCCCCUGGACGCGGCCAGCCGCAUCAUCACCGGCCGCCAGCAGGAGCGGCAGUCGUUUAUGUGCAAAGACUGCUUCCACGCUAAGGGUGUCCAGGACCAGGGCCGCUGCCCCGAGUGCCGAAUCAAGUUCGAGUCGCCACUCGAGCUCGAACAACAUGUGCGCAGCAGCCACGGCGGCUGAGCAGCUCCAUUUCAUUCAUCACCGGUGUGCACAUCGCAAACAAUCAAACGCGCCCGCGGUCUUUCUGUUAACUUAUUUCUCUUCCGUGGCGCGCCUCUCGUGUUUUCCCAGUCGUGGCUCGAGACAAAUCGCAACACGUCUAUUUAGAAAGUGUACCUCCUAAUAUAUCUGAUCAUCUUGUCAAAACGAAAAGGGCGUGUGUGGUCUUCAGGCUGUUCUUACCCGAGUGCUUCUCUGGUGCAGAAUUUCACCCAAAUAUGUAAAUACAAGUUAUCCAUACUCAUCGCCAUGUUUUUGUUCUGUGUGUCGACAUCAUAAAGCAGGGUAUGAAACUGCAUACAUUUUAAGCUGCCGGUUGUUUUAUGCCUUGGUAUAAUACUCUUCAUGAAGCACGUUUGUAACAGUGAAUACACCACAGCCAAAUAUGAAUAGUUUAUUCAUCCCAGUGUUUAAGUAUCAGUGUUUGUGUUUCGGAAGCAUCCUUAUGUUUCUUUACGCAACUAUACAAUAUCAAUUAGUUCUUUAUUUUUGAUAUUUUUUUUUUAUUUUUACGUUUUGCCUGUGUGGUUUACAAGGUUCACGAGGCAAAUAAAGUUCGUAUUUUCAAGGGA